AAGCCAUCAGUGUGUUGACAAAGAUCUCAACAUCAGUAGUAGUAGAAUUAAACCAAGGCAAUGAGCUUAACAAAGCUCAGAAACUUUCAGCAGUUACCUCUUCCAGUGGUACCAAUAUAGAAAUAGAGACAAAACCAACCCAUAAAAUCCAAACUUGGAGUGAAAAUAUGAAAGAAGCCAUGAGUAAAAAAGAAGAUCCCUUAACAGAUGUUCCUUCUUCCAAAAAAGAAGUUUCAAGAAACUGA